CGUCACAUUCGUGGCGGUGUCCCAUCCAUCCAUUUAUUUCAUCUACUAUACUCCGUCCCAUUCCCACUACCUCUAUCCCCAUUCCAACAGCAUCUUACCACCUCCUACUCAUUCAAUUACCAAAUCCAUACCUCCCACAAUAGACCAUACCAUACCAUAAACCCAAUAUGUCUAGCUGGUAUUCGCAAUACAAAUCAUCCAUCACCGUCAUCCUCUUGGUCCUCGUCCCUAUAGUCGUCAUCUGCAGCAUCCUCGCCAUCGCCCUCCUGUGCUCGGAAUUCUGGAGCACCCGCAAAUCAGUCACUUGGGUGUUCUGGGUCAAGCCGCAGAACCGUCAGAAGGGGAAACGAAAUUCCCAGCCGGAUCUCGAACGGGGUCGGAAUCCGCCUGCUUACCAGGAGCCGCUGCGCAGACGGGAGGAGAUUUGAUUGAUCUUUGUUUGGAGGUCGGAUUCUAUGAUCGAAGGUGGUUGGUUGAGUGGUGAUUCUGGAUAUUGACUGUCGUGGUGUUGGUCAAGUGAUAUGAAGAUCGACGGCUUGGUUCUGGAUCUCGUGGAGAGAUUGCGAGGGUAUGCCCGAUGUAACGGGUAGCCUUUUGGAGCAUCGUAUCUGGAUGAUUGUGGACGUGGGACGAUUAUUCUAUUCAGUCAUGAAUGGCCUGCUUACGUGAAGCGUUGCUCGACAGAGACAUUUGGCUGAGAUGACACCGAUGCAAACUGUUGGAAAGCUUCGACUGAUUCCGUUUUGGAACAUCUACACACGGUGUGGUUUGGGCUCAGGAUGGCGCAACCUGGUCGAUGGCACGAGGAGGAUUUCAUAUGCUAGGGACCAUACAAACGGAUUGGAGUUUUACAUGUGACUGCCACUAGAUAUGUGAUAAGUCGGAGGCAGGCUGCAUGAUUGCGUAGGGAGUAUGUAUUCCGCCCGUGAGGGCAGUGCAGGAGUUAUGGCGUUUAGUUUCAUGUUAGCAGUUUGCUGUUUCACAAGCGGGGAAUCAAUGUGCUCUUUAUGCUAUCACUUCAUUUCCGGUCUCUUAGAUCGAGGCAGGGUUGUAUAUCUUAUUUCCAUUACUUCCAUUCGCAA